AUGCACGCCGAUAAACAAACCCGGUCCAACACCUCGAAACCACUGACUCCGGCUCUCAGUGCAAACUUCCGCACGGCCAAAAGCCCCCUGACCCCGAGAGUGGUCGGCUCUGCUUCGUCUUCGCCAAACCUGUCCUCUCGCAGGGACCCUUUCGUCAGGUCAAAAUCGCCCCCCAAACCCGAUCAGACCACAACACCCCUAAAUGGAAAUAUCACUCCUCGGUCUGGUGCGAGGAAGUCACGGGUUGGAACAGAGUCACCCUUGACUCCAGCACAGCCAAGGGGAACGGGCAACGGUCAGAGGUCGAGAGCGUCGUCGGGCAAUGAGUCCUCGAAACCCGCUGUUGGUGCGAUGCGAGGCCUCGGGCUCACCAGCCCACGGCUGGCUGCCAGUACAGGUGCUCUACCGAGAGCAAACACGUCAACAUCUACGCCUGCCGUGACCAUCCAUCGAAGGUUGUCCGCGACAAAGAGCAUGGUGGAGGGGGAUAAAGAUAUCACGUCCAAGUUCUUCCACGCGAACGAGGUCAAGCCCAUUGUCGGAUCCCCAGAGGCUGACGAGGGCCACCGAUUUCUUCCAAGGCCAGGACAUUUCUUCGUUGGUUCUCCCCCGUUGGGCAGGGAUAAUGCAAGUGGAAAGGAGAACCUGGACGAUAAAUUCUUCAGGGCAAACGAUUUAACACCACACGCACCGGCUCGACGUAACAUCCUUCCUCACAUCGCAACAGAGAGGUUGAACAGUCCUACCAUCACAACAGCCACACACGGCUUUCGAAAUACUCCUCCCCAAUCCCCAAACAGAGCUCACAACGUGUUCCCUCCAGAACCCUCAUCGCCCCGAAAACUACAACCUACCCAGGCGCCUUCACCUCCGGGGCCCCGAGCGUCUGCCGAACGUCCUAAGAGCAGCUCAGGCAGUACUACAGCGUCUCAGCCUACCCCGAACAGUCAUCGAAAGUCGAUCAGCGCAAGUUCUAUUGGUUCCCCGGCUCUCAGGCAACUAAGCAACAUUAGAGCACAACCGCCCCAGCCACUGGAUCUCCAACCUGCUCCUCUAGUCUCACCCCGGAUCCAUGGGCAAAGCCUCCUUUCCCCGGAAACGUUGAGUCCCAGGUCUACCAGCCUUGCAUCUACGAACACUGUCCCCACUUCUGUCCCGAGUGACACGGAACUCUCAGAAGUCAGCAAGACUCCCGGUGCACCUGCACCGAGUUCAGACUCAAGAACAGACCUAGCAACUACCAUCAUCCAUUCUCACUUGGAUCAAGCUGCUAACGCCCGGCGGGAACGUAAAGUCCUGGAUCUAGAAAUCUCGAACUCGUCAUUACUUGCCAUCAACAAGACCUUGGAACGUGAACUCCGCAAGCAGACUGGAGAGCUAAGAAGGUAUCGGCGACUGUCUCGUUCAGGGCGAUUAUCGCUUGCGCCGACAACAAGGACAAUCUCCGGGCAGUCUGAUCUCACACUGGGAACGGUCACCGAGUUUGACGAAGAAGAUCGUCAAUUUUCAGACGACGACGACAGCGAUCUAGACGAUCUCGAAGACGAAGAUGGUUCUAUGCUGUCCAACGAGUCUGGUUCCAUGCUGAGUCCAUCGGUCCGAUCGCGCCAGCGCGCGAGGGACGAGAAACGACUGAUGCAAGACCUGUCGCGCCAUCAACAACUCCUUGUUGACGUCCAAAAACUCAGCCAAAGUAUAAAACGAUGUCUCACCUGUUCGGAGGAGCUAAUUCGAGAAGGGAACAAAGCUCUUGAUUACCGAGUAGGCAUUGGGGACGUGAAGCUUGGGGGGAAAGUUUUAAACGACGAUGAGUUGGAUGAAAGGGGGUUCGUGAACGGUGUGGAGGAGCAGGAGGCCAGACAAGGUCUACUGAGUCCCAGCAUCACCAAGGCGAACAUAGACGAGGCGGCGCUGUGGGGAGCCGGGCCGCCUCCAACAAUCAUUGCCAGCGAUAUGACAGCGAUGCCCUCGUUGGACGAAUUGUCUGAUAUAUUGGAUUCUGUCAGCGCGCAGCUGGCCGACACCUAG